AUGCACGACCUCACCAUCCUAACGAUUCCGCUGAGCUGCGGGGCGAUCGGCCUCUGCAUUACCUCCCUGGUGUUGCCGUACUGGAGUUGUGGGGGUUUCUUCACAACCUGCGUCUUUACCCUCAUCCAUCUAGUGGUGAUGGUUCUGCUGUUGGUCGGCUUGGCCAUCUUCUGUGUGGUUUUCCUCACAGAUCUCUGCAAGGCGUGUCGCAGUGCGUGGAUUCCCGGGCCAGUUUGCAACACCUGCAAGAUCAUCUUCGCGGCCAUUGGUGCAGGCUGCCUCCUGGCUGCCAAUCUGCUUUACGCUGUGAUGUACGUCAAGUCGUGGUCUUUUAUCAUGUCCUUUGCGGGGUCCCUAGUGGCGGUGCACGUUGUUCUAAUUUCCCUCUUCACCAGUCGUUGUUUACAAGCGCAUUAA